UUUACUCCCAGAGGAAGAUAUCGAGGACAAACUCAAUCGCAGUAUUUGGCAAUAGACAGAGGCAAUGGCAAAGAUGAAGGCCGAGCUGAAGCUCUGUCAGCAGCAGAUUCUUCGAGAGCUAGCGUCAGUGGUAAUAGCGGCAUGGGUCAAGCACAAAGUCAAUCAUUAUACGAUCCUAAUUGUGACGAUUGUUAUGGCAAGUCCAAUCAUGAAGUAGAGAAUUUAAAACGUCCUAUUGGAUAUAAGCCUGGAGAGACUGGAAACGCCCCAAAUUCGGGAUCUUCAUGGCCAACUCUUGCUCAAAAUGGUGGUUACAAUCCAACUGAUGGACAACGGUACGUGCCAGGACAAAAUAUUCCAGAUGAGAUUGGAUUAGUACAAGAGCCAGGAUUACAUGGGUCAAAUGCAAAACCGGGUAAUAUAAAUGUGCAAUCAAGCGGAACAGAGCCAAAUGGCCCAGGUACAUUAGGAAGUAAUAAUUAUAGACCAAAUGGUGCAACAGGUAAUGGAUAUUAUCCAUAUAGUAAUGAAGGUGCAAACUUUAGACCCGUUCCUGGAAAUAAUGCGUAUUUACCUAAUGGAAGCAUAGAUAGUAGGCUACCAAAUAGGUAUGAUCCCAAUAUUAAUGGUAUUGAUAAUAGAUAUAGGCCUAAUGAUGGCUCUGGAGGCUUUGGGCCUGGUAGGAACCCAGAUUAUAUAGGGGGAAAUCCGCAUGAUUCACGUGGGUUAGGACCUAAUGGAGCAAACGAAAAGAGCAACGCUCCUAGCAUAGAUAGCAAUGGUUUUAGACCCAGUGGAUCCCAUGCAGGUGGGUAUGUCCCAAAUAUCAACGCAGGAACGAAUAGAGGUCCAGGUGUAGAUCAUUUUAAUCCAAAUCAAGGUCACCGGCAAGGAGACAUUCAAACGAGUCCAGGCAAUUCAGUACCUCAAGUUGGUACUUAUAGGCCAGGACAGACACCUAAUCAAAUCACACAAGGCGUAUCAAAUAAUCCUAGACAAGUAGAUUCAAAUUUUACUCCCAGUGUAGGUAACGGAGUAUCGGGUGGUACUUAUCCUGAAGUUAGGACAACUGGAAAUCCAGUUGGAUUCGGAACAGGGCAAUCCGGUACACCAAACAUAAACUGGCCUAUAGCAUCAGGACCUUAUCAAGUACCCGGAGGAAAUGUGUACUGUUGUGUCAUUCCAAAUAACGGAAUAACUGGAAAUAUGUAUCCAAAUAAUUUUGAAGCUGUGAAAGGAACGCCAACCAUUCCAUAUGGAACUAAUAUGCCUGAAGUAAGUGGCGGUUCCAAAGUACCUAGUGGACAAUACAAACCUGGUGGUCAUUACAUGCCAGGAACAACUGGUAGUACAACUGUGGCAGGCCAAUUUCUACCUGGCAAUACCGGGGGCCCCUUAGCACCAGGGAGUCAAUAUGGCGUGAAUACUUAUCCAAGUGGACAGUAUAUACCUACUAAUACUGGAAACAAUAUUGGUAUGCCAGGAGGACAAUAUGUACCCGGUAGUACAGGGGAUGCCUCUGUGCCUAGAAAUCAAUACGGGCCAGGUGGCACUUCUGUGCCAGGAGGACAGUAUGGUCCAGGUGGAAGCAGUGGUCCUUCGGUCCCAGGAGGACAAUAUGGACCAGGUGGAAACAUAGGUUCAACAGUGCCAGGAGGUCAAUAUGGCCCAGGUGGAAACAGUAGUCCUUCCGUUCCGGGAGGACAAUAUGGACCAGGUGGAAGCAGCGGUUCUACGUUGCCGGGAGGACAAUAUGGACCAGGUGGAAGCAGCGGUUCUACGAUGCCGGGAGGACGAUAUGGUCCAAGUGGAAGCAGUGGUCCUUCGGUUCCGGGAGGACAAUAUGGACCAGGUGGAAGCAGCGGUUCUACGAUGCCGGGAGGACGAUAUGGUCCAGGUGGAAGCAGUGGUCCUUCGGUUCCGGGAGGACAAUAUGGGCCAGAUGGAAGCAGUGGUCUUUCGGUUCCGGGAGGACAAUAUGGUUCAGGUGGAAGCAGUGGCCCUUCGGUUCCGGGAGGACAAUAUGGACCAGGUGGAAGCAGCGGUUCUACGGUGCCGGCAGGACAAUAUGGACCAGGUGGAAGCAGCGGUUCUACGGUGCCAGGUCAAUAUGGACCAGGUGGAAGCAGCGGUUCUUCGUCUCCGGGAGGACAAUAUGGACCAGGUGGAAGCAGUGGUUCUAUGGUGCCGGGAGGACAAUAUGGACCAAGUGGAAUCAGCGGUUCUACGGUGCCGGGAGGACAAUAUGGUCCAGGUGGAGGCAGUGGUUCUACGAUGCCGGGAGGACAAUAUGGUCCAGAUGGAGGCAGUGGUUCUACGAUGCCGGGAAGCUCAUAUGGGCCAGGUGGAAGUGGUGGUUCUACGAUCCCGGGAAGACAAUAUGGUCCAGGUGGAAGCAGUGGUCCUUCGGUUCCAGGAGGACAAUAUGGACCAGGUGGAAGCAGUGGUUCUACGGUGCCGGGAGGACAAUUUGGUCCAGGUGGUGGCAGUGGUGUUACGAUGCCGGGAAGCUCAUAUGGACCAGGUGGAAGUGGUGGUUCUACGGUGCCGGGAGGACAAUAUGGUCCAGGUGGAGGCCAAGGAACUUCAGUUCCGGGAGGACAGUAUGGUCCAGGUGGAAACAGUGGUUCUACGGUGCUGGGAGGACAAUAUGGUCCAGGUUCUACGAUGCCGGGAAGCUCAUAUGGACCAGGUGGAAGUGGCGGUUCUACAGUGCCGGGAGGACAAUAUAGACCAGGUGGAGGCAGCGGGACUACAGUGCCGGGAGGACAAUAUGGACCAGGUGGAAGCAGCGGUUCUACGGUGCCGGGAGGACAAUAUGGUCCAGGUGGAGGCAGUGGUUCUACAGUACCGGGAGGGCAAUAUGGACCAAUUGGAGAAAGCGGCAACACUAUGCCGGGAGGGCAAUAUGGGCCUUCUGGUUCUCGUGGCUCAUCUGUACCUGGAGGACAAUAUAUACCUACUGAUACAAGAGGUACAGGACAGUAUAUACCAGGCAAUCAGCAUGCUCCGGGCGCAACGGGUAAUGCUGGAAAUACUCUUAUACCCGGAGGUCACUACGCAACAGGUGGUACUGUCUCUCCUGGAGGACAAUAUGGUUCAGGCAACGCAUACCCUGGAUCGGGAAUGAACCAAAGCAAGACUCCUCAAGGAUUUUAUAACCAGGGUGUACCAACGGGCCAAAAUACCGAUUAUAAUGGAGUUCCACAGAAUUAUUUGGAUCCUAACACAGUCGCCGCUGAUGGGGAUGACUCAGAAGCUGAAGCUAAUGUUGCUCAAAAUAUAAAUGGAACUACGGCAAGCGCAUCUUCGAAAGGUGGUAAUGACAAGGGUCGAGCGCAAACAAGCGUGCAAGGGACAUACACAGGAAGUGGAUCUUUUCAAGCACAAGCACAAAUUACUGGUGAAAAUAAGGAAGCUCAGAGUGAAGUAAGUGGCGGUAAAAAAGGAGCUUCGAGUUCAGCGUCCGGCAGCGGCAAAAAUAAUAAAUCCCAAGCGAACGUUCAGUUGGGUUCAGAAACUGGCUCCGUACAAACACAGUCACAAAGCAAUGGCGUAAUGCAUUCAUCAAACUCACAAGUACAGGGUAGUGUAAAAGGCGGCAUGGCAGAUGCACAAGCACGUGGACCAGGAAGUACAUCGUCUCAAGCUCAAAUAGGCUUUACACCUUACAAAGACGAAGAUAAAUCUAGACAUGAUCUUCAACGUAUUCCAUUUACGGGUGGGGGUAUGGCAUCAGCACAAUCAAGUGGUCGAACUGGUCAAUCACAAUCACAGCUACACGGUACAUUUAAAUAUGGAAUAACGUAUAAUGGGGCAGCUCAAUCAGGAGCAAGUUUAGAUAAAGAUGCAGUAUUUCCUAACAGACUUUCUUUUGAAAAGAUCGAUGUUUUUGAUGAAAAAGAGAAAAAUAUAAAUGUCGACAAAAUAAACAUGGAUAUCACAGAAACACCGCAAUCUUUGGAUUAUGAACCGCCAAUAUUAGGAUCUUCAACUUUAUCUGAAUCGUCUUCCAUUAAAGAAAACGUUGAAAUGCCAACGACAGAAAAUGUUAUUGAUGAAUCGAUGAAAAAUUCUGAAAGCAGGUAUGCCAGCCAUCCUCACACAGAUCAUCAUACACCGGACUCAGACAACACCACGUAUUCAAAUGGACCUACAUUGUUAGGUAGUAGGAGAUCUUUUAAAACAAAUUACGGAUCGAUGCCUGACUACGAAUUUACCACUGAUAAAGACGAAACUCAGCCUGAAUAUGAUACUGAUGUAGGUUAUGAAGGAGACGGCAAUGAAGCUAGUGAUGUAGAACAAAAUGAGUAUUCUAACUAUGAUGAAUAUUCAAGAGAUUCACCGACGCAUCAAUAUCUUCAAAACACAAAUAGAAAAGGACUUGAAGUACAACAAACAACUGGGGGCAACACUCAACACAUAAUACUAGGAGCUUUAAAGGACCAAAAUGCAGAAAUAAUACAAAGAGAUACAGAACGUCCCGACGAAAAUAGAGUUUAUCAACCAGGUGAACGCGUUCCAGGUACUGGUGGAUAUACAAUACCCGUUGGAUUUACUGGUAGUGUUAAAUCAGUUGCAUCGAAAGACAAGACUUACGUGGUAGGAUCAAAAGAUUUUCCAUCUCAAGCACAAACCGUUACCUUAACUCCAGGGAAGGGUAAAAUAAAAUAUACGCAUCCUUCGACUUAUGGAAAGUAUGUAAAACCCAAAAACUUAAGGUCGCUGCAGAGUUCAAAGGAAAAUGAUAAUAAUAGAUAUGUAUCAGUUUCGAAGUCUGUUACUCGAGCGCUUGACAGCGAUAAUAAUAUACGUAAACAAUAUUCACACACCUAUUAUACAAAGUCAUCCUCGUGCGGAUACUUUACAUUUACGUGUACCAUGGUGAGCAGUGCAGAAGGAAGAAAAAAGGUAUGCAAGCCCAAGAUGCCUACUAACCCCGACGGAACUCCAAUAAGAUGCUAAUAUAUUUUAUUUAGGUAAUAAUGUAGCCUUUUGAUCAUAAGAAUGAUUUAGUAUUUACUCUAGCUACUAACUAUAAAAUAAUUACGUAAAAAUCUUAGUAUUGAUUUAAUAAGUUGUAAUGAGCU